GGUAAGGUUAUCCCGUCAUAUCCAGUGAACAUCUUCCAUUUGCAAUGUCCAGCAGCUGCAUUUCAAUUCGAAGUUCAAACCGUGGCACUGCUAUGGCGGAUCGAGGUUGAUUGAUUCCAUAAAAGUAUUCUUCAUUCAUUCAUUCAUUCACAUGCCGCCACAGAUUUUGGCUGACGCCGAGUUUUGAGAUUGCUGAAGAGUCUCUGAAGCUCGAAACAAUGGCGUUUUCUUCUUGGUUUUCUCGCUUCCGUUCCUCCUCCAAAUCCCUAUACCACUCCUUUUUCCGUGGCGCUACGUUUCAGAAUCUCGGGGCUCAAACAUCUUUCAUUGCCAAAAUUUCUUCCUCUCAGAACGGUGGCCGCCGAUUCUUGUUGUGGUCGAGCUCCGUGGUUCCUUUCGCUUUUGCAACUGGUUCGCUUGCGUUUCAGUUUCAGCUCCGGUCCAAUCCAUCGUUCUGUGACGAUUCCGAUAUCCACGAUCGCUUCGGGGGCAAAGAUAGUACCGAGUAUGUUGUCAAAGGCUCGCACAAUGAUAUUUCACAAGUGUUCAUUAAUGAAUUGGGAAGAAUUUGUAAGGAUAACAUGACAUUAGAUUAUGAUGAGAGGUACUUCCAUGGGAAACCACAAAAUAGCUUUCAUGUAGCAGUUAAUAUCCCUGACGUGGUUGUUUUUCCCAGGUCUGAAGAGGAAGUUUCUGAAAUAGUAAAAUUGUGUGACCAAUAUAAGGUACCGAUUGUGCCUUAUGGGGGAGCUACAUCUAUAGAAGGUCACACAUUGGCACCUAAUGGAGGCCUUUGCAUAGAUAUGUCUCUAAUGAAUAAAGUUAAAGCAUUACAUGUUGAAGAUAUGGAUGUAAUUGUUGAGCCUGGAAUUGGAUGGAUGGAGCUUAAUGAAUACCUAGAGCCUUAUGGUCUAUUUUUUCCUCUUGAUCCAGGCCCUGGGGCAACAAUUGGGGGUAUGUGUGCCACACGAUGCUCUGGUUCAUUAGCUGUGAGGUAUGGUACCAUGCGCGACAAUGUCAUCAACCUUAAGGCAGUCCUUGCCAAUGGUGAUGUUGUCAAGACAGCAUCUCGUGCUCGAAAGAGUGCUGCAGGGUAUGAUUUGACCCGUCUGAUGAUUGGAAGUGAAGGAACUCUUGGUGUAAUAACUGAGAUCACUCUUAGACUUCAGAAACUUCCAGAGCAUUCGGUGGUUGCAAUGUGUAAUUUCCCUUCUAUUAAAGAUGCAGCAGAUGUUGCUAUUGCAACAAUGUUGUCUGGUAUACAGGUAUCAAGAAUGGAGUUGUUGGACGAGGUUCAAGUGAGGGCUAUCAAUAAUGCUAAUGGAAAGAAUUUGCCUGAAACUCCCACACUAAUGUUUGAAUUCAUAGGCACAGAAGCAUAUUCACGUGAACAAACACAAAGUGUUCAGAAGAUAGUUUCUGAACACAAUGGCUCAGAUUUUGUCUUUGCUGAAGAUCCAGAAGCCAAAAAAGAACUUUGGAAGAUAAGGAAGGAGGCGCUAUGGGCAUGCUUUGCAUUAGUACCCCAUUUUGAGGCAAUGAUCACGGACGUAUGUGUUCCUCUAUCACACCUUGCAGAAUUGAUAUCAAGUUCUAAAAGAGAGCUUGAUGCGUCGUCACUUAUUUGCACGGUCAUUGCCCAUGCUGGUGACGGGAACUUUCACACCGUGAUUCUCUUUGAUCCAAAGGAAGAAGGACAACGAAAAGAAGCUGAGAGACUCAACCAUCUAAUGGUUUCUAAAGCAUUGUCAAUGGAAGGAACAUGCACUGGCGAGCAUGGGGUUGGUACAGGAAAAAUGAAGUACCUGGAAAAGGAACUCGGGUUGGAGGCAUUGAGGACAAUGAAACGAAUAAAGGCAGCGUUGGAUCCAAACAAUAUUAUGAAUCCAGGAAAGCUCAUACCUCCCCAUAUUUGUUUCUGAAGAAGUCCAUUGUAUGUAAUUUAUAUGUCAACAUCUCUUAAAUAAAAGCAUUUCAGUAUAUAUAUAUUUCUUUUUAUGAUUGAAAGGAUGCAUGGAGAUUGGUGGCUAUUACUCUUUAAGAUUAUAAAGCCCUAUAGAGAAAAUAGGCACUUUUGUUGAUUU